UAGGGUUGUGUGUGUACGUGCCAUCAAACGCGUGUCGCGUGUGUAUAUGAGCGCGCGCGCGGUCAGAAUGAUGCUGCAGUCACCAGUACGCGCAUCAUCAUUUCUAAACUCUUCAGGAAACUUCAGUCAGGUGCAAGAUGCGCGGAGGAUUUUUACAGCUACUCAUGAAAAAGAAGGAGUUGAUUCCUUUAAUUGGAUUUGUGGGAUGCGCUGCGCUCGGAGCGACGACGGCUUCGUUUUAUUUUCUAUUGACCAAAUCUGACGUCAUUUUAAAUAAGACGAGAAAUCCUGAGCCAUGGGAGAAACUGGAUCCAUCAAAACCACAGAAGCUUAUAACUAUAAACCAGCAGUGGAAACCAGUGGAAGAACUGGAAAUGGUGAAACGACUGACCAAAUGAUGAAUGAUUCAUCAGGAGUUCAUCUGUGUAAACAUCAUCAGCUGAUGUGUGAUUGUAUUUUUGUGCUUUUGUAUUUAUAGUGUCUGAGGAGGACACACCUGCUGUCUUAUGAAAUAAAGAUGUUAAAUACUGAA